UUUGAUGGACGACGCCCAGCGACGCAAGCCAUGGGUCCUUCUCUUGGCAUGUCUCGUAGACAUUGGCAACUCGUACUGCUACGAUACGCCGUCCGCGCUCAAGUCGCAGCUUCAGGAGCACCUCCAUGGCAUGCCCACCGCCUCGUUUGAGAUGGCUUUUAACCUGCUCUACACGGUCUACUCGGUGCCCAACAUUGUGCUGCCGCUGUUCGGCGGCCUCGUGACGGACCGCAUUGGCCCGCGCAGCAUGCUUCUCCUGGUGACGCUGCUCAUUCUUAUCGGCCAUGGCAUCUUUGCCGUCGGCAACCAGCUGCAGAACGUGCCCGUCAUGCUACUCGGGCGGGUCGUCUUUGGCCUGGGCGGCGAGACCAUUUCGGUCGCUCAAGCGACUGUCCUCGCUGUCUGGUUUGAUAGCAACGAGCUGGCACUCGCCAACGGAUUCGCGCUGAGUACGUCCAAGCUCGCGACGACGCUCAACAACGAGCUGAGUCCCGUGCUCGCGGAAGCCUUCGGUCUCUCGAGCGCCAUCUGGGCCGGCGUCGUAGUGUGUGCGCUCGCAUUCCUCGCAACGCUCGCCCUCUAUCGUAUCAGCGAACGUGACGCGGUCGACCAAGACGACGACAACGUCCCCGUACAGCUGUCCGAUAUCAUUGAUUUUAGCACGAGCUUCUGGCUCAUGGCCGGCGCGUUCUUUGUGCUGUACGCGGUGACAGGGCCGUUCAACAACGUCGCCAGCAGUAUCUUUCUAGAGCGCGACUACUACAAGGCCCUCCCGAGUGCGUGCCAUCGGUGCGGCCUCGGUGCGUACGCUGGUGACGUCAACUGCUCGAUGUUGCCGCCGGCCUGUCCACCAUCACCUCCCUAUGCAUACCCACUGCCGCUGCUCUCGGCCCACUGCACUUUGAACCAAACACAGUGCCUCCGCGCUCCUCCGUAUGUGCUCGCCCAUCACAUCAACUGCGACGAUACGUUUUGGAAAAAUGGCGAAGUGACCAAGGGGUACUGCAGCGUCAAGUACGCUGCCGAGCAAGCCGCGGCGUUCCCGCUGAGCAUCGCACCGCUGCUUGUGGCCACCACGGCGCCGCUCUCGGGCUACCUCGUCGACCAUCUGGGGCAUCGCGCGGCCUUGGCGACUGGCGCAAUGGUGCUUCUGGGGCUCUCGCACGCGCUGAUUGGCUACACGUGGUUGUCUCUGUACGUCCCGCUCGUGCUCCAAGGCAUUGGGUUCAGCGUCUUCUUGUCGGCGCUCUGGCCCGCCGUGUCGUAUUGCGUUGCACCGCACCACGUGGGUACCGCGUAUGGCGUCCUUUGCGCCGUCUUGAACUUUGGCCUUGCGCUCGUCCCGAUGCUUGUGGUUGUCGAACACAACCUCACGGGCGUCUACGUGCCGUACGUGAAUGGUAUGUUUAUCGGCCUCUCGCUCCUCGGUGUCGGCGCCUGCGCAGCCUUGUGCGUCGUCGACCAUGCGAACGGCGGUGCGCUUGACGGUGUUACGAUGACCCAAGUCCAACCAACACCAGUGCCGCUCUCGGAGCUGCUCACGAACGAAGAGACGAGCUUGGUGCAAGCGCCAACCGUCGGCUACGGGACAUACUCGUAGACUCUACAUUCUUUUUGCAAUAUCCGUGCAUAAGCUUUGACGAAGCAUAUUGACGUGGGUUGGCGACCGUUGG